CACAACACACACCUGUACGCGUCUCUCCUCUCCCAGUGCAGGUGAGAUGGCUGUGCUGUACACCACAACACUGUUGAUCCUCACAGUUGUGUGCUCCACAUACACACACACUACGUUGGAGCUGUCUGGUGUGGUGAAGUGCAGCACGGGACGCUCGGCACUCGCUUACAUCAUGUACGGGUGUUACUGCGGAGUAGGAGGGGAGGGGUGGCCCCGAGACCCCGCUGACUGGUGUUGUCACAAGCACGACUGCUGCUACGCGAAGGCUGAGGAUCAGGGCUGUCACACAAAGACACACACGUAUCCAUGGAGCUGUGACAGCCAAUCACUGGACUGCGGCUCUCUGAAGGACCGCUGUGAGAAGAUGUUGUGUGUAUGUGAUCGAGAAGCAGCUCAGUGUCUGAAAAAAGCGCCAUAUAACCUCAGAUACGCCGCGUGGCCCGACUUCCUGUGUGGACCCGAACUGCCGACAUGUGCUUACUACUGACACACACACACACACACACACACACACACACACACACACACACAGUACUACUGAUUUAGCUAAAUAAUGCUAAGCCUAAAACUUCCACUGACCUUAAAUUAGUUCGAUGUUUACUAUAUAACAUUUCCUUCUUUAUUUACGGCUGAUGUAGCUAACAGAAUUAGCAGCUAACAUGUUAGCAUCGCUAUGCAGUUGUUCAGUGUCUCAAACAGCUUCACUUCAAGGAUAAAUCACUUCCUUCUUUACUAAAUAAUGUUGUUUGAGUCGACCGUGUGGUGAAGUAAGCCUUCAUGCUGCAUGAUGCUACUCUGGCUUGUAGCUCAGACACUGAGCACAUCUCAGCUGAUUGAUUAUUUCUAUAAAUGAGACAUUUUGGACAAAUUAUUUAGAAUUAAAACCUCUUUAACACCAAACUGAAAUAAUUUCUUUUUAUACUUCAAAUAAAAGCUGCAUUGUUUGUAAGAAAUGUCAUGUAUUCCUGUCAUUAGGGGGACAUCCGGUCCUCACAAAGGACUAAACACACACACACACACACACACACACACACACACAGAGGAAAAUAACACAACAUGAAUCACUGUUAAUUAUUAAAUAUUAAUGUUACGUUCAUGUUUAAACAGAUUCAGUAAUCUUCUU